AUGACGUUUUGCGGUCGACCAAGCCAAAACUGCCAGCGUUGUCGGCAGAGACGACUCAGGUGUGAUCGCGCGAGACCAGCUUGCUCGCAAUGUAAAAGGGCCAAAGAGGAAUGUGCCGGGUAUCGUGAGGUAACUUCGCUUCUAUUCCGAAAUGAGAAUGAAAGAAUCAUUCGACUGUCAAAAGCUGCGCGUGAACGCUCGGCAGCAAAGCCCCAGGCGGUAGUACGACGGCCACAGGCUUCCAGUGCUCCGUUCAGAGACAAUAAGGUUGCUGGGUUUGAUGAUGAGGUGGUGUUGAGCCGAUCUAUGCCUCUGGCGUCUCUAGACAUGGAUAUUCCUGGGCUGCAGUUCUUUGUCCAUCACUUCUCUAGCAAGUCUUGGGCCGACGAAGACUUUUCUCCUGGCCAGCAGUAUGACGUGUUUCGAGACCUUGGAAUUGACUCCCCGUUUCGAAAUGCCGUCGUCUCCGUUGGUUUGGCGGCUCUGUCUAAUGUCAAUCGAGACCGUGCACUGUUGAAUGUCGCUCGACAGCGCUACGGGGUGGCAUUAAGGGCAGUUCGAAGCUUCGUUAAAGAUCCACGUCAUGGUAAUGUAGCGGUUUUACUGAAAAUGAUUGUUAUGCUGGCUAUUUUCGAGAUGGUGGAUGCGAAGCCAGGAACAUUCAACUCCUGGACGACACACUUAAUGGGGAUUGCUGCGCUUGUGAAGCAAUCCCCCCACAUCCCAGCACAGCAGCUCGACGCCCACGCAGAAAUAUGGUUUUAUCUCUCUGUGAUUGCGAACUACUUCCAGUCUGGAGGACCCUUUCCUGUCGAGCUGGGGAGCUGGGAAACCCAGCAGACGGUGUUGCUCACAGGGGCAACUCGACCGGUUUCCGAGCUAAUUGACAUUAUGAUUAGGUUCGUUGGGUUAUGUGCGAGUCUUCAACGUCAGGAACAAACCAUUGCCGAAGAGGUUAUUCGUGAAGCAGUUGGCUUGGAUAUAGAACUCGAAGCCUGGGUUGGUCGUCUUCCAACAGAGUGGACCUUUACCACCAUGCAAAGCACAGACAUGACUGGAACAUUCUACGGGCGGUAUCAUGUCUACCGGAGUGCCUGGUCCCCUCGGGUAUGGAAUCACUACCAGUUAGGCCGCUUGCUGGUCAAUGAAGUCAUUGCGUUCUAUAUCUCGCGACUGAGGGAGCCCACUGUGGAUUGGAUUGUGCAGAAAGAGCUCUCGCUGGCCGUGAUAAACCAGACGGCGGUCGAUAUUUGCGCCGGAAUAGCGACCCAGGGCCUCUUUUCCAAUCACGAUACAUUGCCUUCUGACUGCUCGCCCCGCCCUUUGCUAAAAGGAAUUUUUAUGACAAUCUACCCGUUGACGGUGGCGGGGAGUGCAACCGGUGUGUCAGACCAACUCCGCAACUGGGUGAAUGAGACCCUCCAGAUGCUGGCAGACCGCACAGGAAUACGACAGGCGCUGGAGGCAAUCCGGCGGAUCCAAGAGCCUGCUGCGAAUAAUAGUCAGGAGCAGUUGCCAGCUGGGCUUCGGGUCAUGCUGUGCAGCACUCGUUCGUGGUCGGGUUGA